AUGCAGAGAUGGGAACGCGCCAAAGAUCACCGGAGCAGUGCUGAAAGUGGUGGUGUACAUGUCGAAACCAAAGUAAUCAUCCAUUCUGCCCAAUCCACCAGGACUUCCUCUCAUCGAGUAAUUAGCUGGUUGGAGUCCAUAGAGGUUCUUGUACCAAGGAGGAGCAGAUGGGAACACCUGUUGGAUCAGAACUCCAACAAGAUUCAUGUAUCCGAACGCCCAGCCAAACGAUCUAAGUGCGGUUGGAGGUCCGAAGAUCCAAACAAGAGCAGCCACGAUAAAUGGGCAGACAAAAUGCAUUAUUCCGUAUGGGAACCAGGCAACGAAAUCCAGAGGCUUGGAGGUAUAUGUAGCCAGGAUGUUUGA